AUGGCUCUUAUAGCCGAUGAACUCAAGACCAAGGCUGAGGUCUACUACGGCGACGAGAUCUGCCAACUGUGUACCCAGCUCUUGCUCAGGGAAGCAGGCCUCCCCAAUGGUCUGCUUCCAUUGAAGGACCUAAUUGAGUGUGGUUAUGUCCAGGAAACUGGAUAUGUGUGGCUCAAGCAAAGCAAGAGGGUUGACCACACCUUCCAGAGUCUAGGAAGGCUGGUCUCUUAUGGCACAGAGAUCACCGGCUAUGCUGAGAAGGGCAGGAUCAAGAAGGUAAAAGGGAUAAAGACCAGGGAGCUCAUGGUGUGGGUCCCAGUGGAGGAGAUUGCUCUUGAUGAUCCAGCAACUGGGAAGCUUAUCUGCAAGAGCAUUGCUGGGAUUACCAAAACCUUCCCUGCAUCAGCUUUCCAUGUCCCAGUGAAGGAGAAUGUGAAGAUGAACUGUGCUGCACUGAAACCAGUGGUCCUCAUGGAGAGAGCUCCACGAGUUGUUAAAACAACUGAGCCUUCUGCAUCCACCACUGGUAUUUGGAUUUAA